CCCAAACACGGUGCAACACAGGACCCCCCACAGGUUUGGGGUACAGCGCCAGCCAGUGCCAGCCAGCAAUAAUACGCAGUCCGUUCGCCGUACGCCCUGGUGCAGAAGUGAUUUUUUGGGGGGCAGGUUCCGUGAAAAUCCGUGUGUUUCUUGUGGCUUGGCUGUGGUGUGUGCGAAAAUUUCAAGAAAGCCCAAACAGUAAAGAGGAGUUCGGGAUUGCGGAUCCCGUCGCCAGUAACGUCGAGCUGCUCGAGGUCUGCUCCUGCUUUCCGCGUGUUGGAGGAAAAGCAUUAUGUUCCCUUUCUCCUCGCUGCAAGUCGAGUACAGCAACUUCCACCGUUCAUCGCAAAUCAUGUCGAACGCCCUGAGCAUGAGCAACUCCGGCUUUCCGCACUCGUGGAUCGUGUCGGGGCAGGACUUUUGCCCGAUCACCUACUCCUCCAUCCAGAGCCACAACUCGGCCGUCUCCAGCAACCUGGCGACGGUUGAACCCGGGCUAAUCGAGCUGCGGAAGGAAAAGUCCCGGGAUGCGGCCCGGUCGCGGCGCGGCAAGGAAAACUACGAGUUCUACGAGCUGGCAAAGAUGCUACCGCUACCGGCGGCCAUCACCAGCCAGCUCGACAAGGCGUCCAUCAUCCGGCUGACGAUCAGCUACCUGAAGCUGAAGGAGUUCAGCGAGAGUGGUGUGCCGUCGUGGUGCAAGGAACCGCUCGGUUUCCAGACCUACAGCAACGCACCGCAGUACUUCAACGAGAUGUUCGAGACGCACCUCGGUACGCACAUCCUGCAGUCGCUGGACGGGUUCGCCAUCUCGACCGGUGUCGAUGGGCGGUUCCUCUACAUCUCCGAGACGGUGUCGAUCUACCUCGGGCUGUCGCAGGUCGAGAUGACGGGCAGCAGCAUCUUCGACUACGUGCACAAGCACGACCACGCGGAGGUGGAGCAGCAGCUCGGCAUCCGCAAGACGUCCGACUACUCGGCGUACGGUGGGUACGGGGACGAGCUGCCGCCCGAGAAACCCAUGUCGGCCGGCGGCGGCGGCGCCCUCAAGCUGGACAAGCCGGACAGCAAUGGGGCCAGCACCGCGCCGAAACCGCUCCUCCCCGGUGAAACGUUCGAGGGCGAUGACCGGGCGUUCUGCAUCCGCAUGAAGUCGACGCUGACCAAGCGCGGCUGUCACUUCAAGUCGUCCGGCUAUCGCGUCAUCCUGCUGCUCUGCCAUCUGCGGAAGCGGAACAACGCGGCGAACGAUGAUCAGCAACAGCAGCACCAGCACCAGCAGCACCAGCACCACAACAGUACUAGCGCCGACAAGCAGACGGUGAUCGGGAUGGUUGGGAUUGGGAUUGCGCUGCCACCGCCAUCGCUGCACGAGAUCAAGCUCGAGUCAGACAUGUUCGUGUUCCGGACCAGCCUCGAUCUCACCAUCAUCCACUGCGAGAACAGGAUUUCCAGUUUCCUGGACUACAGCGCGGACGAGCUGAACGGGAAGAGCGUCUACAGUCUCUGCCAUGGGCAGGACGCGCACAAGCUGAAGCGCAGCCACAGCGAACUGAUACAGAAGGGCCAGGUGCUAACACCGUUCUACCGCAUCCUGAACAAGAGCGCCGGCUACUUCUGGAUCCAGUCGUGCUGCACGAUGGUGUGCCAGACGAAGAACAUGAGCGACCAGACGGUGAUCUGCGUCAACUACAUCAUCACCAAGCCGGAGAAGGAGAACCUCAUCCUCGACGUGUCGCAGAUACCGGCACCGGCCGGUGGCGGCGGUGGUGGUGGAGGUGACUACCAUCACCAUCACGGCGGUGCCAACAAGCUGCCAUCGCUGGGCCAGAAAAAGCCGUCGGCUGCGGCGGCGGCUGCAGCAGCGGCGGCAGCGGCGGCCGCUGCCGCCGUCGGUGACUACGAGCUGCAGGAUGGUAAAGGGUUGUCGGGGGAGCUGGCGGCCGUUUCGGUCGGUCAUCCCGGUGGCCAGCACCUGCACGGUGGCGGUGACGGGAACUCCUAUCUCGACGGAUCGGCCGCUGACCAGCACAAGGAGCUGCUGCUGGAGAAGGUCAAGGGAGGGAGCAGCGCCACCAGCUACGGACACGGCGGUCACAAGCUGGCGGGGGCCGGCGGGUUGGCCGGUCUCGGGCUCGGGCUGUUCGGUCAGGAUGGCAAGGGUAAGGACCAGCACGAGCACGGUGAACACCACUACAAGGAGAAGGGGCUCGGGCUUGGGCACGGGGAGCGUGAAAAGGGUUGCAGCAACAGCAAGCACCAGCGACUGAAGAGUGGCAGCCCGGGAGCGGCCAUGCUCGGAUCACUGCCCACCGAGAGUAAUGGCGGGGGACCCGGGGAUAAGAAGUCAUCCAGUGGCUCGUCCGGGGGUGGUGGUGGUGGUGGUAAGAAGGGCGUCAACAACCGUGCCAGCGUGAUUCGGGUGCUGGCCAAAUCCUCCAAGAAGGUGCUCCAGGAGUCGCACUAGUAGCACCCGCAUCCCUCCUCUCCUUCCAGCUAGGCUCAGGAGUUCUCCCUCCCCUGGAUUGGAUGGGUUUUAGGUUAAGGAUAGUUCGUUCCGCUGCAAUAAACCAGAUAAGCAACCAACCCCCUCCCACCCCCUCCCUUGCCCCCUUUCAUCCCACUCCACCACCUUCCACGGGGUUCCACACAAAAGUGGUGGCGCGCAAUAUGGUGGGGGAAACAGGGGUGGGGAGGUAGUAGUAUGGAUAGGUUUAAGGUGGCCAACGGCAGUAGUAGUAUUAUCGUGUGAGCGCUUCCCCGUGUGUAGGAGUUACCGACGACGCGGCGUAACACAUCCCGUGCCAAGCCAAACACCCUUCCUCAGAGAUGCCAACGAGCGCACAGGAGAGAAGCGUAAAUGCACUACGGAAGCAGUAGCAGCAGCAGCAGCAGCAGCAGCAGCUCCCUCUCCUUCAAUUUGUUUUUAUUAUAAUCAUGUUAUUUUUUUAAAUAUUCUACAUGUAAGGAAUACACAUACACUAACAGCUAUAUCUGUAUUGCUUUCAUUAGGACACCAGUGAGAUCCACUGGGUCAGCCAUGCGUAGCUUAGUGUUGUGAGUAGACCCCCCCCCCC